AAAGUCCCUCCCAGACAGCACUUGCUGAGUGCCUGCAGCCCCUCCGAGGCAGAAAUAUGGUGUUCCUCUGGGGUCUGUGGCUGCUCUGCCUAUCUGCUCUGCACAGUCACCUAAGGUUUUCUUCUGCCCAUGCCAUUGAGCAAAAGCGUCUCUUCUUAGACAAAGACGGGGAGCUGAAGGACGUGAAAACUGCUGAAGUUGUACAGUCUGCUCUGCUGGGAGCCAUCCCACCCGUGCCGGACGCAGAGCUGGCAGACUUUACCUAUGACAACUUCCAGGAGAUUGAUGGGCCCAUGUUACCUUUCACCACCACACUGCCAGGCACGAGGAAUGACUGGAACCCAGAAGAUGAAAUCAUAGCUGGGGCUGUGGGUUGUCAUGAACAGCAGCCAUCUGGGGAAAUUGCCUCUUCUGAAGAGGAAGGAGAGGCUGAAGAUAAAAGCUGUGAGAUGACUUGGAAGAAGAGCCAGAGGCUAGCAGAUGGCUUGAUGAGAUUCAGCAUCGAUCUCCUGAGAGAGGUCCAGCUGGAGUCCAACAGAACCAAUGUGAUCCUGUCACCCCUCAGCAUCGCCCUCGCCUUGUCUCACCUGGCACUGGGAGCAGCAAAUCAGACAGAGAAGCAUUUGCUGGAGGCAAUGCAUCUGGAGUCGGUGCCCUGUCUCCACCACACGUUGGGCACCCUUCAGAGAAGGCUCACAGAAUCCACCCUCAGCCUUGCAUCGCGACUGUACCUGCAGAAAGGAUUUGAGGUAAAAGAGAAGUUCCUGGAGGAUUCAGAGAAAUUCUACAGAGCAAAGCCCGUGACUCUUUCUGGGAUCAGUGAGGAUGACCUCGUAGCCAUAAACGAGUGGGUAAAGGAAGCAACUAAUGGGCAAAUACCCACCUUCCUACAGCAGCUCCCUGAAAACACAGUGAUGCUCUUGCUCAAUGCAAUCCAUUUCCAUGGGUUUUGGAGGAAUAAGUUCGAUGCUAGCUUCACUGGGCCAGAUGUAUUCCACCUUGACAAUGAGUUCAUGGUCCCGGUUGAGAUGAUGAAAGCCCAGAAGUACUGCCUGAGCUGGUUUACACUGGAGUCCCAGGACAUUCAGGUGGCCAAGUUUCCCUUUAAGAGUAACAUGAGUUUUGUGGUCAUUGUACCAAACCAGUAUACUUGGAAUACCUCUCAUGUGCUGGAGAACUUGCCUUAUGAACAACUAUGCAGGCUUUUCCCCAAAGAGGUACCGACCACAGUGAAGAUCCCCAAAAUAAAAUUGGACUACCAGCUGGAACUCAACAAGGUUCUCAGUCAAAUGGGCCUCCAGGAGCUGUUCACAAGCCCAAAUCUCCAGAAGAUCACAGAUGAGCCUCUCUUCGUAUCCAGUGUACAGCAUCAGUCUACCCUGGAGCUUAAAGAAGAUGGGGUGGAAGCAUCUGCUGCUACCAGCGUUGCGAUUUCACGCUCGGUCUCUGCCUUCAGCCUUGACCGGCCCUUUGUCUUCAUUAUCUUUGAAGAUGAAACAGGCAUCCCACUUUUUAUAGGCAGUGUCCAGAACCCUAACCCCAAUGCUGCUCCCCAGAUAAAAGAGCCACGGGACUCACGUGAAGCAACAGAUGACAAUGACUACCCCAUGCCCAAAUAAGAGAGGAGCAGAGCCUAAGCAUUCUGGGACUGCUACCUGACCCUUUGGACCAGCUAAGAGAGGCCCCCUGUCCUUGGAGACCUCCCUCUGAGGCCACAGGAGGCAAUCUCUUGCUGUUUUCCUUUACAGAUCCCUAGAGACCAGUCCUGGGAUAGCCCGUUCCAGCCUCAACAAGCUUCUCCAGGCUGGGGUUCCCCUCUGUUGAACCUGAAAAACUUGCUCUGCCUGGAUUUCCCUUCCAGAGCUCUCAGUUCUGGAAGGGAGACUUCCUUGUCCCCAGACUCUUAUUAGAGUCUUUAUUAAGCUCUUAUUAGAGUCCCCCGUAGCCUGGAAUCAUCAUUAGCAUCUGGCAGCUUGGACAACAGCCAGAGAGAUUAAUACGGCUCUUCCUUCCGCAGUUCCUGUGAAUGUGUCUCCCUCAAAGUGCUCCUCUGAAAACCAUCUGUACCCACCUAGAAAACGACCUCUAGAUCAACUGGACUAGCAACCAGUUGUCUUCUCUAGGAUGCGUCACAGCCAUUUCCAGGCACAGGCUGUUUUCAAAGAUUCCCUUUUCCCACUCCUUGGCUAUGGGGAUCUGAUGUGGGAAGGUCUGCAGUGGGAAACCCCUUUGGAUCCUUAUCUCCAGCCCUCUUCCUGGGAAACUCUAGGUUCUUGGGUAAUGCUAGAUUUUUCGAGACAUAUUUUGUAAAGUGUUUUUUAGUAAUUUUUAUGUUGGCAGAAUAAUAAAGAGUAAAGCAGAA